CUACACUUUGAACAAAGCGCAACCUUCACGUGUCUUUCCUCUCCUUUUUUCUCCUUUCUGUUGCGUUUCCGUUUUUAUCUUCUCUUCCCUUUUCUUUUCUUCUCUGUUUGUUUGAAUAUAAGUACGGGAAAACGUAUUUUAUAAUCUCACUUUGUUGGAGGUUCUGCUGAGAGAGAUCGUUGCGGAUUGAGGAGGAGAGAAACAGGGGAAUUGGGGAGAUAAUGGAAGGGAAGAAAGAAGUGGGAUCGUCUUCUUCGUCUUCUCUAGCCUCCGAGCUUUUCGGUUCAAAGGAGUCACCUUCGUCUUCAAGUGGGAUUUUUGGCUCUAUAUUUGCGCCUCGUGGGUCUAAGGUGUUAGGAAGGGAGUCUCUACGUCCUGAUGGAAUGGCUAACAAGCAGUACCAACCAAAUGAGGCCUGGAACACAAAACCUGGAUCUUAUGGUGACACCUCUAAGGGACAUGAAGGUGAAAAUCAGACUACCCAAAAAGUACAACCGUAUGGUCCAUGUCAUCUUAGUUCCUCAAUCUACUAUGGUGGCCCAGAUGUAGUCUCUCAUCCACCGAGUACUCAGGCCUCAGGAGUAAACUCUAUGUACAAGAAGGAUGGUGGAGAAGAUGACUCAGGGAGUGCAUCAAGAGGAAACUGGUGGAAAGGGUCUCUCUAUUAUUAAGACGUCACCUGCCAUGGCAUAUAGUAAUAAGGCAUAUAAGGAGAUAGAAUAGCUGUUAAAUCUAUCUUUCUCACACAGGGAGAUAGAUCAUAGUAGUCAGAUCCUUGCUGUCAGCUGUAUGGCCUUUAUUGCUUCCUCCAGCUGAUCGACUGAAUCCUUUAUUUGCUUUCCCUUCUUUUUCACUUUAAAGGACCAUGAAAUGCAGUCAUCUUGAUGUAAAGAAUGUUUGGUGUAGUGACUUACUCACCUAUGGUUUGGAUUUUGGAGUUUUAAUAUGAAGUCUUUAGGUUUCUUUUUGCUGUUUCCUUCUCUGUUUAGCCUCUACACUAUAGUUUGUGUAUGAUAUUGUAGACAUCGUAUUACCUUGUUGAAUUCUGCCUAAACCAUAGACUUCAUACCCAGAAUUCGUGCUA